AAUGAACCGGAUAUGCAAUUGGAUUGAGCCGAAGGUGAUAGAUGAUGAACUGCUCAAGCAGGCUGUGUCGGAUCAGGGCCCCCAGGACGAGGCCGGGCAACUGGCCAGACAAGAGGGCAUCCUCUUCAAAGAUGUCCUAUCCCUGCGGCUGGACUUCCAGAACAUCCUCUGCAUAGACAACCUCUGGCAGUUUGAGAACUUGAGGAAGCUACAGUUGGACAAUAAUUUUAUUGAGAAAAUUGAGGGCCUGGAGAACCUCACACACCUGGUCUGGCUUGACCUGUCUUUCAACAACAUUGAGGCUAUUGAGGGGCUGGACACGCUGGUGAAUCUGGAGGACCUGAGCUUAUUCAAUAACCGGAUCACCAAGAUCGACUCUCUGGAUUGCCUCGUUAAGUUGCAGGUGCUCUCACUGGGCAACAACCAGCUCAAUGACCUGAUGAAUCUCAUCUACCUUCGGCGGUUCAAGAACCUUCGAACACUCAACCUUGCUGGGAACCCCCUUACUGAGGCAGAGAAUUACAAGAUUUUCAUCUGUGCCUACCUGCCUGACCUUGUGUACCUGGACUUCCGGCGCAUUGAUGAACGUUUGGCAAAGAAAGCAGAGGCCAAGUACCAGUACAGCAUCGAUGAGUUGAAGCACCGGGAGUUUCUCGCACAGAAGCAGUUGGAGAGGGAGCAGGCCCAGAAGCUGGAACUGGACAAGCACAAGGCCGCCUUUGUGGAGUACCUGAAUGGCUCCUUCCUGUUUGACAGCAUGUAUGCCGAAGACACUGAGGGCAACAGGUUGGCUUCCCUUUCUGGCGUCAGUGAGCUGCUGGAGGUCUACAAGGACAAAUUCAUCAUCAUCUGCCUGAAUAUAUUUGAGUAUGGCCUGAAACAGCAGGAGAAGCGGAAACUGGAGGUCGAAACCUUCACAGACUGUAUCAACGAGGCCAUCCAGGAAAACCAGGAGCAAGGCAAAAAGAAAAUCACCAUAUUUGAGGAGAAACACAUGCUGAGUUUAAGUGCCAUUCAAGAGGAGUCUGAACCGAGCAAGAUGGAGGCAAAGAUCACAGAGUGCAAUGAAGACAUAACAGAGCUGUUCAAUGUGCUCAUGACAUUGGAGAUGCAGUUGGUAGAGCAGCUGGAGGAGACUAUAAACAUGUUUGAAAGGAACAUCAUUGACUUAGUGGGACUCUUUGUUGAAAACGUUCAAAGCCUGAUGGCUCAGUGCCGGGACCUGGAGAACCACCAUCAUGAGAAGCUCCUGGAGAUCUCCAUCAACACUCUGGAGAAGAUUGCCAAGGGUGACCUGGAUGAUGAGAUGCCCGAGGACUUGCGCUCGCUGUUUGUUGAUAAAGACACAAUUGUCAAUGCUGUUGGGACAUCACAUGACAUCCACCUCCUGAAGAUUGACAAUCGAGAAGAUGAGCUGGUAACCAAGGUCAACUCCUGGUGCACACAUUUAGUGGACAAGAUUCACAAGGAUGAAAUAGCAAGGAAUCGCAAGCGAGUGAAGGAAAUCAAUCAAUUCAUUGACCACAUGCAAAAUGAACUGGACAACUUGGAAAUCAGUGAUGUUUUAGAUUAGGGAGUUUUGUGAAAUGCCUUGUGAAAAUGCAACCUUGGGCCCAACUUGCAUGCACACCUAACAGCACCUAAGAAGAGUUAUUGGGAUCAUUCACAAAUCCCUCUCCUGGAAGCUGUUCUUUCCUCACCCCUGAAAGAAACAUCCAGUUGUAAAAAAAAUUAAAUAAAGAACUUAAUUCUU